AAUAAAUUUUUGUUGACCACCAUUUUUUACCAGCCUCUGUUCAGAAAGCGUAUAGGAUAUCCAAGGGCGGCAAGUAAAUUUAAAAGCCCCAUUCAGGGAUGUCCAAAGGGCAAGCCAUAACGUGUAUUUCAAUUCCAAAGGUAGCAAUUCUAGCCCAGCUUCUUUAAAUGCUGAAAUUUAAUCUCAGACUACUUCACUUACGUUUUCCCAAUUUUUUUUAAAGGGAAUGCAUCCACAUUUAAUAACUGAAGGAUUUCAAAUUGCUUAUAAUGCUCUUUGCAAAUUUUUGAUUGAAUUUCGAAAAGAAUUGCCAAUUGAAAGAAAUUUGUUAGUUGAAGUAGCUCAAACAGCUUUACGGACAAAAUUGGAACUUAAAUUGGCUAAUCAUAUAACUGAAUGUGUUGUUGAUGCAAUUUUGGCUAUUAGAAAGGAUGAAAAGGAUUUUGAUCCGGAUUUGCAUAUGAUUGAAAUUAUGGUUUGGGUUUUUUAA